AUGGCUACCAUGCAUCAAAAGACGAACCCUGAGUCGCUAUUCCCGUCGGCAUGGGCUACUCACCGCAAAGCUCUGCUGACAGGAGCCACCCUGAGCUUCGUGCUGCUGCAACUGCUCUUCCUGACUAACAUGUCUCUUCUUUAUGGGUCACAGUUCAAAGAUGCUUACAAGACUCACAACCUCGAAGUACUGGCCAUCGACUACGAUGGCGGAGUUGUUGGCGAAUCCAUGCUCGAAGCAUACCAACAACUUCGGGCCAGCACCUUUGUCACGUUGGAUUUCCACCGGGCAUCUGAAUAUCCCGACUACCAAACGGUCGAAAAAGCUGUCUGCAGUGGAGGGGCUGCGGCGGCGUCAUACAACUCAUCCAACACCAUCCGCUACGUCUAUAAUGAAGCAAGAUAUCCAACGACGAUGGAAGGCUACGUGAACCCCGACCUCGAGGAGUUGGUAGCCGCUACUCGUACGGUAUACACGCAGAUCAACGGCACACGCGCUUUCAGCUCAGUCAAUCAAUCCGAUUCUGCUGCCAUCGACGCCUUCUUGAACCCAUUCACGGCCACGUCAAUCAACCUGAAACCUACGGAGCAAGGCACUCGAGUCCUUUACAACACCGCAUCUGUGGCCUUGUCCAUUGUUCAGCAGUUCUUCUUCGUCAUGGCCAUCAACGGAGUGAGUAGCAGCUUGAAUCUGUUCAGUCGAUUAACUACUCUUAUGAAUGGGCUCAUUCGCCAUGUGUUUGCAACUGCGUACACAUUCGUGGGGUCGCUAUGUUGGACAGGAUACAUCUGGGCCUACAAAGAAAGCUGGGCUUUGACUGGUGGUCAGUUUAUGCUGAUCUGGAUGCUCGGUUGGCUGUUCAUGUACAUCAACUUCAUGUUACUCGACACUGCCUCCGUCCUCAUUCCCAUGCAGUAUAUGCCGUUCUUCGUGCUGACCUGGAUCAUUAUGAACAUCACUAGCUCGCUGGCGAAUUUCGAUCUGGCGCCAUCAUUCUACAAGUAUGGGUACGCCCUACCUGCGCACAAUUGGUAUGAGACCUUCAUUCAGAUCACAUCCGGUGGAUGCUACAACCGACUCUAUCGAACCUUGCCGGUAUUAUUUGCAUGGUUCAUUGUUGGACACCUUCUCGUUAUUCUGGCUACAAAUCAUCGAUGCCGAAGGGCUCGCGCAGAGGGAGAGAAGCAGGAAGAGGAGCGUCUACGCAGCCCAGACGAGAAAGGAGCCAGCAAGGAUGAAGGCAGCAGCCAUGGUGCAGACGGGUCUCUAUCAGCGUCUGCAUCAAGCCCGACAGCUGACUUCCUCAGCCUCAGCAGAACACGUUCGAGUACCUCGGUGUAUGGGCCGAGCAUGCCACCUGCCUUUGAGGCUUUGUCACGCAGGCUGACCGAGGGCAGAUGA